AUGAAGUUCUCCAUCAUUGCGGGUUUCCUUCAAGCCCUGGCCCUCACUAGCCUUGUUGAGGGUUAUAAGAUCACUGGCAACAACGUCAACUGUCGCUCUGGUCCUGGCACCAGCUACUCAGUCAAAAAGACCUACGCCAAGGGCACCGACGUCAAGAUCACCUGCCAGACCACUGGCACCAACAUCAACGGCAAUAACAUUUGGGACAAGACCUCUGACGGCUGCUAUGUAUCUGACUACUAUGUCAAAACCGGUACUAAUGGUUAUGUUACCACCAAGUGCUCGAGCUCCGGCUCUGGAAAUAGCGCCAGCAUUCCCGGCCCAAUGACCGAUGACUACCCAUACAAGAGCAGCUGUGGCGGUGUGGAUCCGUGGAAUUACUACAAGUGCCAGUGCACUUCUUUCGUCGCGUGGCGCAUCAAUAAGCGUCUGGGCAUCAAGUUCACCAACCGGUACAAAGGCGGCACCUGGGGCAACGCGAACCAGUGGGAUGAUGCGGCAAAGAAGGUCGGUGUCAAGGUCGACAACAAUCCCAAGCCGGGCUGCAUCGCCCAAACCGACAACGGCGGUGGAGGUUAUGGCCAUGUCGCGUGGGUUGCUGCUGUCAACGGCGACAAGGUCACCAUUGAGGAGUACAAUUACGCCAAGCCGAAGGGUUAUGGAAAGCGGACUGUUCCUAAGAGUACUUUCAAGUACAUUCACAUCAAGGUGUAA